AUGAUUCAUGAUCCAAAUGAUCCAGAAUUUCAAGAAUCAAUGAAAUACUUAGCAUUACCAUCAGAUGAAAAAAUUAAACUACGAUCACAACCAUUUGAUGCUAAAAAAGCAUGUUGGGUACCCGAUCCAAAAGAAUCAUUUAUUGCUGCUGAAAUUGAAAGUGUUAAAGAUGAUCAAGUCACAGUAAAAACUAGUAAAGGAGAAGUUAAAACACUUAAAAAAGAUGAUGUUCAACAAAUGAAUCCACCAAAAUAUAGUUGUUCAGAUGAUAUGGCUGAUUUAACCUAUUUAAAUGAUGCUUCAGUUUUAGCAAAUUUACGUGAUCGCUAUUCACGAUGGUUGAUUUAUACUUAUUCAGGUUUAUUUUGUGUUGUAAUUAAUCCAUAUAAACGUUUACCAAUUUAUACAAUGAAAGUUGUACUUGCUUAUCGUGGUAGAAAACGUACAGAAGUUGCACCACAUCUGUAUGCUAUAUCCGAUAAUGCAUAUUCAAAUAUGCUUCGUGAUCGUGAAAAUCAAUCGAUGUUGAUUACAGGUGAAUCAGGUGCUGGUAAAACAGAAAAUACAAAAAAAGUUAUCCAAUACUUUGCACUAGUUGCUGCGGCGGGUGCAAAAAAAGAAGAAGGAAAAAAAACUAUGACAUUAGAAGAUCAAAUUGUAUCUGCUAAUCCAGUUUUGGAAGCUUAUGGUAAUGCAAAAACUACUCGAAAUAAUAAUUCUUCUCGAUUUGGUAAAUUUAUUCGAAUACAUUUUGGUAAUACGGGAAAAAUUGCUGGUGCUGAUAUUGAAGUUUAUCUAUUAGAAAAAUCUCGAGUUAUCUUUCAACAACGAGCUGAACGUAACUAUCAUAUAUUCUAUCAACUUUGCUCAAAUGCAUUUCCUGAUUAUCACAAGGAAUGUCUUAUUGAAAAUGAUCCAUCAAAAUAUUUUUAUAUUGCUCAAGGUAUGCUUACAAUUGAUAAUGUUGACGAUGUCGAAGAAAUGCGACUUACUAAUGAAGCAUUUGAUAUUCUGGGUUUUACUCAGGAGGAAAAAAUCAAUUUAUUUAAAUGUACUUCUGCUAUUAUGCAUUUUGGUAAUUCUCAAUGGAAACAACGACCUCGAGAAGAACAAGCAGAAGCUGAUGGUACACAAGAAUGUGAAAAAGUCGCACAUUUACUUGGUGUUGAAGCGGCUGAUCUUAUUAAAGGAUUACUAAAACCUCGAAUAAAAGUUGGUAAUGAUUAUGUUAAUAAAGGUCAGACUAAAGAUCAAGUUGUUAAUUCAAUUGGUGCUUUAUCAAAAUCAAUCUAUUAUCGUAUAUUUUCUUGGCUAGUUGAACGUGUCAAUGUAACACUUGAUAUUAAAGCUAAACGACAGUAUUUUAUUGGUGUACUUGAUAUAGCUGGUUUUGAAAUAUUUGAAUUUAAUGGUUUUGAACAAUUAUGUAUAAAUUAUACUAAUGAACGUCUUCAACAAUUCUUCAAUCAUCAUAUGUUCGUAUUAGAACAAGAAGAAUAUAAAAAAGAAGGCAUACAAUGGGUAUUUAUUGAUUUUGGAAUGGAUUUGCAAGCUUGUAUUGAUCUUAUCGAAAAGCCUAUGGGAAUUCUUUCAAUUCUUGAAGAAGAAUGUAUUGUACCAAAAGCUACAGAUAAGACAUUUGUUGAAAAACUUUAUAAUAAUCAUUUGGGUAAACAUCCACAAUUUGGUAAACCUAAACCAGUUAAAGGUAAACCAGAAGCACAUUUUGAUGUUCAUCAUUAUGCCGGUACUGUAUCUUAUACGGCAACAUCAUGGUUAGAAAAAAAUAAAGAUCCAAUUAAUACAACUGUUGCUGGACUUUUUGCUAAAUCGAGAAAUGUUCUUUUAAGUCAUUUAUUUGCUGAUGCUGUUGAAGAAGAAGGUAAUAGUGGAAAAGGAGGUGGUGGAAAAAAGAAAGGAGGUGGUAGCAUGCAAACAAUAUCUGCUACACAUCGUGAACAAUUACAUAAAUUAAUGAAUACUUUAAAACAAACUCAUCCUCAUUUUGUUCGUUGUAUUAUUCCGAAUGAAAUCAAGACUGGUGGUGUACUCGAUUCACAUUUAGUUAUGCAUCAAUUAACAUGUAAUGGUGUACUUGAAGGUAUUCGUAUAUGUCGUAAAGGUUUUCCAAAUCGAAUGAUUUAUUCGGAAUUUAAACAACGUUAUUCGAUUUUAUCACCAAGUGCUAUUCCAAAAGGUUUUGUUGAUGCGAACAAAGCAACAGAAGAUAUUCUUAAAAAUAUUGGUUUAAGCGAAGACCUAUACCGUUGUGGUUCAACAAAAGUUUUUUUUAAAGCUGGAACAUUAGGUCAAUUAGAAGAUAUGCGUGAUGAAGCUUUAUCAAAAAUUAUUGCAUAUUUACAAGGACAAAUACGUGGUUUUAUUAUGAGAAAAGAAUAUAAGAAAAUGUUAGAUCAACGUUUAGCUUUAUCUGUUUUACAACGUAAUUGUCGUAAAUAUUUAUCAUUACGUAAUUGGCCAUGGUGGAAAUUAUAUACAAAAGUAAAACCACUUCUAUCAGUUGCACGACAAGAAGAAGAAAUGAAAAAACUUGAAGAAGAAUUUAAAGGAUUGAAAGUAGCUUUAGACAAAGAAGAAAAAUUAAGAAAAGAUAUGGAAGAUAAUAAUGCGAAAUUAGUUCGAGAAAAAAAUGAUUUAUUUCAAAAAUUGGAAUCGGAACGUGCUGGAGCAUCUGAAGCUGAAGAACGUUAUACACGUUUAGUGACACAAAAGGCCGAUCUUGAACAACAAGUCAAAGAUUUGGAAGAUCGUUGUAAUUCAGAAGAAGAAACUAGUCAAGAAUUAAAUAAUAAAAAGAAAAGAUUAGAACAUGAUAUUGAUGGUUUAAAAAAAGAUAUUGAUGAUAUACGUUUAAGUUUACAAAAAUCUGAAAAUGAAUGUAAAACACGUGAUAAUCAAAUACAUACAUUACAAGAUGAAAUUGCACAUCAAGAUGAAACAAUAGCUAAAUUAACACGUGAUCGUAAACGUCUUGAAGAACAAAAUUUCAAGACAACUGAACAGUUACAAAAUGAAGAAGAUAAAGUUAAUCAUUUAAAUAAAAUAAAAACUAAACUUGAACAAACUCUUGAUGAAUUAGAAGAUAGUUUAGAACGUGAAAAGAAGAGUCGUGCUGAUUUAGAUAAAAAUAAACGAAAAUUAGAAAAUGAUUAUAAAUCUUUGCAAGGCAAUUUUGAAGAUGUUGAACGAAUGAAACGUGAAUUAGACGAGAAUAUAAAACGUAAAGAUCAAGAAAUUUUACAAAUGAAUGGACGUUUUGAUAUUGAACAAGGACAAGCAUCAAGUCUUGGAAAAAAACUUAAAGAUGUACAAAGUCGUAUUGAAGAACUUGAAGAAGAACUUGAAAGUGAAAGACAAUUAAGAGCUAAAACUGAAAAACAACGAACUGAUUUAACAAGAGAACUUGAUGAAAUGAAUGAUCGAUUAGAAGAAGCUGGUGGUGCAACAUCAUCACAAGUUGAAAUGAAUAAAAAACGAGAAUCAGAAUUACAAAAACUUCGUCGUGAUUUAGAAGAAGCGAAUCUUCAACAUGAAGCUACAGCUGCACAACUUCGUAAAAAACAUCAAGAUGCUGUUCAUGAAAUGGGUGAACAAAUCGAUCAAUUACAAAAAAUCAAAAAUAAAUUAGAAAAAGAAAGGCAAUCAGUUAGAUCCGAAUUAGAUGAUCUUCGAUCACAAGUUGAACAUGCACAAAAAGGUAAAUUUGCUGCUGAAAAACUUUCCAAACAACUUGAACAACAAUUAAAUGAAUUUCAUAUUAAACUUGAUGAACAUCAGCGACAAGUAACUGAUUUAAAUCAACAAAAAUCAAGAUUAACAAAUGAAAAUUCUGAUUUACUUCGACAACUUGAAGAAGUUGAACAUCAAGUUGCUAUUAUAACUAAAGGUAAAGCAACAGUACAACAACAACUUGAAGAAGCUAAACGAACAAUUGAAGAUACAUUACGUGGUAAAGGUUCAGUUAGUUCACAAAUACGUAAUUUAACUGCAGAUCUUGAGCAAGCUCGUGAACAACUUGAAGAAGAACAAGAAGGUAGAAGUGAAUUUCAGCGACAAGUAAUAAAACUUAAUGCUGAAGUACAACAAUGGAAAGCUCGUUAUGAAUCAGAAGGUAUUUCACGUGGUGAAGAACUCGAAGAAGCUAAACGAAAAUUAGCUACAAAAUUAACUGAAGCUGAAGAACAAGUUGAAGCAGCAUUGAAUAAAUGUAAUGCUUUAGAAAAAGUUAAAUCUCGUCUUCAAGGUGAAGUUGAAGAUCUUAUGGUAGAUGUUGAACGUGCUAAUGCAAAUGCUUCUUCUUUGGAUAAGAAACAAAAACAAUUUGAUAAAUUAAUAAAUGAAUGGAAACAAAAAUGUCAAGAUGUUACUGUUGAACUUGAGGAAUCACAAAAAGAAGCACGUCAAUAUUCAACUGAAGUAUUUAAACUUAAAACUCAAUAUGAAGAAUCUCAUGAACAAAUCGAAGCACUUAGAAAAGAAAAUAAAAAUUUAGCUGAGGAAAUUAAAGAUCUUAUGGAACAAUUAAGUGAUGGUGGAAAGAAUAUACAUGAAAUUGAUAAAGCUCGUAAACGUGCUGAAUUAGAAAAAGAAGAAAUUCAAGCUGCUUUAGAAGAAGCUGAAGCUGCACUUGAACAAGAAGAAGCAAAAGUUGUUCGUACACAAAUGGAAUUAAGUACUGUUCGACAAGAAAUCGAUCGACGAAUACAUGAAAAAGAAGAAGAAUUUGAAAAUACAAGACGUAAUCAUGCACGAGCACUUGAAUCUAUGCAAGCUAGUCUUGAAGCUGAAUCACGUGCAAAAACGGAAGCAUUUAAACAAAAAAAGAAACUUGAAUCAGAUAUUAAUGAACUUGAAGUUGCACUUGAUCAUGCUAAUCGUACAAAUGCUGAUUCACAAAAAGCAUUAAAAAGAAUUCAACAAAAUGUAACAGAUUUACAAACACAACUUGAACUUGAACAACAACAACGUGAUGAAGCUCGUGAAGCAGCUGUUUCUGCUGAACGUCGUGCUAAUAUGAUUACUGGUGAAGUUGAAGAAUUACAUACAGCUUUAGAACAAGCAGAACGUGCUCGAAAAGCAGCUGAAAUAGAAUUACAUGAUAUUGCUGAUCGUAUUAGUGAUUUAAGUUCACAAAAUGCAAAUUUCUCAUCACAAAAACGACAACUUGAAUCAACAGUUGCUGCUAUGCAAGCCGAUUUAGACGAAGCAAUUACUGAAUUAAAGAAUAGUGAAGAACGAAUGAAGAAAGCUGGUGCUGAUGCUACACGUCUUGCUGAAGAAUUACGUCAAGAACAAGAACAUUCUCUUCAUGUUGAACGAUUACGCAAAGGUCUUGAACAACAAGUUAAAGAUCUUCAAGUACGUCUUGAUGAAGCUGAAGGAAAUUCACAUAAAGGUGGAAAGCGUGUUAUGGCUAAAUUAGAACAACGCAUUCAUGAAUUAGAGAAUGAAAAUGAAUUAGAACAACAUCGUCAUCAAGAAACUCUUAAAGAAUUACGUAAAAAUGAUCGUCGUUUGAAAGAAUUAGUAUUUCAAGCAGAAGAAGAUCGAAAAAAUCAAACACGUUUACAAGAUCUUAUUGAAAAAUUACAAACUAAAAUUAAAAUUUAUAAACGUCAAAUUGAAGAAGCUGAGGAAAUUGCUGCAAUUAAUUUAGCUAAAUAUCGUAAAGUUCAAACAGAACUUGAAGAUUCAGCUGAACGAGCUGAUGUUGCUGAAAAUCAACUUGGUAAAUUGCGUGCUAAAAAUCGAUCUUCUGUUAGUCUAAGUCGUGCUUCUCCUGCACGUGACAUACGAGAAUCAACUGUUAAUGCACGAGCAAAUUCAACAAUUCGUGCUGGUUCAGUUCGUCAACGUUAA